GAUAUAAAUAGAUAAAACAAAACAAAACAAAACCAAACAUCCAUAAUCACAUAGUCCCCUUCUUUCCUUUUGCACGUUAACAACGUUUGCAACGUGCGCAACGAUGCUCCAAAGUCUCACCACUAUCCAUCCCCUCUUCCAACCCGGGCCAUGGUACUUUUUUCUAUUUUGUUUUGUUCGAUGUUGUUACUGUCAAGGUUCCUCCUUCCACCACAUGGAACCUAGGAUGUCAUUGCUCCAAUCACAGCGCAUGAGCGACAACGGGCGGAUGAGCCGGGGAUGCACGGGAUGUCUGAAGAAGGAAAUCCGGUGGGUGCACCGGAUGUGGAAUAGCGGGGGUUUGGGGGUGGGGAGGCAGCCCUACGACCGGGACCUGUCUGUUGAGAGACUCCUCCAGACCGCUACUAUCGUUUGCAUCUCUACAACAACAAUAACCUCGAGGACAACUCUCAGCUUGAAGAAUUUAAAUCUUUGCUUGAACCUCAUACGGUUAUGAGCGUGCUCUGUGCACUUUUUUACCUUUAUAGUUUUGCUUACUGUUCGAUCCUACGCGCGCAAGAGAGACGUAGAUUCACGAGGAGUGUGACAAAGGCUGCAGACGGGGCAUGCAAUGUGUAUUGGGAGGGGAGAGACGGGAUUCGAUCCGAUUCAUGUGAUAUGUGCGGUGCGAAAGGUAGAA